UAUGUAAUAAGAGUAUGCGUACUAAAAGUAUUUAGUAAAAUACCGCUGCUUCAAAAAUACUGGUUCCAACGAACAGUUCUCUGGUUCCCUGUACAUGCGAAAAGGCUGCACUGUAUAGAAAUAAGUUGUAAAUGGAUUUAUUCCGGCCCCGAAAAUCUGUCAGUAAUAGCUAGGCGACGGAAUUUCCCGAAGAUUUAAUACCGGAAAACUAGACGGCCAGAAAAGAGGCUCUACGAAGCAAGGAAAAUGCUGCAAAGCGAACUCCGGCACACAACAACAACCAGAACUGCUGGCAUGUGCAACGUAGCAUGCAAUAAGGGGAUUUUCCUGAACUACUUGCAGGCAAGUGGCCAAAGGACCUGGAUGGCGGUGCUCCUGGUGCUGUUCCUUAUCGGUACCUGCGUAGCCGCGGAACCCCUGAAAGUUAUAUACGCGGUCAACGCUGGCGGGGAUGAGCACACCGAUCUAAAUGGCGUCCAAUACGAUGCGGAUCCUCUCAAAGGAAUUGGAAUAGCUUCUGACUAUGGCAAACACCUGCUGAUGAUCGGCCGGGUACAGGAACAUGACGAGGUGCUCUACAGGACCGAGCGUUAUCACACCACUACAUUUGGGUACGAUUUACCCAGUGAUGGUGAUGGAGAUUACGCCUUGAUAAUGAAGUUCUGCGAGGUGUACUUCGAUGCGCCGCAGAAGAAGGUUUUCGAUGUGCUCCUAAACCGCAAGCACACGGUUGUCCGUCAGCUGGACAUCUACAACCAGGUGGGCAGGGGCUCUGCACACGACGAGAUUGUGUACUUCAAGAUCAACAACGGACGAUUGAAUUAUGAGGGAGAGGUGUCCGAUGUGCGAAAUGGCCGCCUCCGGCUGGACUUCAUAAAGGGGGCACUGGAUAAUCCCAAGAUCAAUGCAUUCGCCUUGCUCAAGGGAGACAUCUCCCUGGUGCCGCGGAUGCAUGGCUCCGAGGCGACUGAGAGGAUCAAACCGGAGAGUAAGCUGAAUGCGGAACAGAAGACAGGACAGCAGGCAGAGAGGGUGGUGCGCAACCAGCGGGACAACAUCGAUGAGGAUGACGAGGACCUGGACGACGAAGAGUUUGAGGAAGAGCUGUCCGAGCAGCAUAUCGACAAGCUGGGCAGCGAUCAGCCGUCGCAGCAAUCGGACACAAAGAGGUCUUACAGUGGCCCCCGCCAACCGAAUCCGUACUCCAUGGACGACUCAUCGAUCCUGCUACCAGUUUUCAUCGCCAUCGGGGCCUUUAUACCACUGCUGUUCUGCCUCUGCAAGCUGUGAUCCCCAUCCAUUGCUCACUCAACGAUCUCGGUCUGCGUUGUUCGUACGUUACGCACUCCCUAGAGGUCGGUUCCCUUAUUCCCAGGAUGCAAAGCUCUCUACCGCCCUGUACUUUCCAUAUUUGAUAAGCAAUUUGUUUGUGUUCUUCACAUUGACCACUGCCGUCCCAGGCUCGGGUACUUAAUCGUUGAUUCACUUGAUUUAUAAUUUGGAUUGUUGGAUUGUUUGACCGCUUGAAUUGGACAAUGCGCGCACAAAGUAAAAUCGGUUUUUGGGUAAUUUUUUACUUGGGAACUGUUAGUUUUGAAUGAGAUUGAA